AUGGGUUGACAUGGCCACAAUCAAGCCCAUCGAGGGGCGCUCAGUCCACCAGAUCCAGUCGGGCCAGGUCAUUGUUGACUUGCAGUCUGUCUGCAAGGAGCUCGUCGAGAACAGCAUCGAUGUAGGCGCCACCUCGAUCGAGGUCCGCUUUAAGAACAAUGGCCUCGACGCCAUCGAGGUACAGGACAACGGCGGGGGCAUCGCACCAGCCGACUACGACACGAUAGCCCUCAAGCACUACACCUCUAAGCUCUCUACGUACGACGACCUUUCCACUUUGAAGACAUUCGGCUUCCGCGGUGAAGCACUCUCCUCGCUAUGUGCGCUCUCAAAGUUCCACAUCAUCACAGCUCGGGCGAGCGAUGGGCCGAAGGGCACCAGACUCGACUUUGAGCAGUCAGGCAAGCUCAAAGGGACCUCGGUCGUCGCAGCCAAACAGGGCACAACAGUAGUAGUGGAUACACUCUUUCACAACCUACCUGUGCGGCGGAAGGAGCUGGAGAAGAACGUCAAGAGGGAGUACAAUAAGGUGCUGGCGCUGUUGAACGCUUAUGCCUGCAUCAGCGUGGGAGUUAAGUUCUCUGUGACCAAUCUGAUGCCCAAAGGAAAGAAGACAAUCGCCUUCUCAACCAACGCCAAUCCCAGUACCAGAGGCAACAUCUCGAACGUGUAUGGGGCGAAGACGAUCGCUGCCCUUAUCCCUCUCGAUCUCGAAUUCCAGUUGGACCCCUCAAACCGACCAGGGGCCACGCAAAGUGCGAAGAAUUGGCAGGGGGACUCGGGCUCGCGAAAGGUGAGAAUAGUUGGUCAUAUCUCACGCCCUGUUGUAGGCGAGGGACGCCAGACGCCAGAUCGGCAGAUGUUCUUCGUCAACUCGCGGCCGUGCAACCUGCCUCAGGUAGCCAAAGCCUUCAACGAGGUCUACAAAUCAUACAAUAUGACUCAAUCGGCCUUCAUCUUCGCCGAUCUGCAAUUGGACACCGAAGCAUACGAUGUAAAUGUCAGCCCAGACAAGCGGACAAUCAUGUUGCAUGACCAGACGGCGCUUCUUGAAAGUAUUAAAGUAUCCUUGGCUGACCUGUUCGCUGGCCACGACCAGAGCGUGCCCCAGGCACAGCUUCUUGGCAGACAACAGUCGACAUUUAAACCGCCGUCGAUACAGUCUCGCGACAGCACGUUAUCGAUUACAGGAGAUGAUCGAGACGAUGCGGAUGAGUCUGAAGCGAGAAAGAGGGCUAGUAUCUUGAAGAUUCCAGGACCGGUGAACGGUGCGAUGCCAGGUUUUGUGAAAGCGAGUUUGAUUGAGAGCUUUGCAGAGCGCGGUACCGAAGACCGAGUAGUCAGACGGGUAGGCAGGCGUCGAAGAAGCAGCUCGCCAGAGAUCAACAACCUGAUAGAAGAGCGAGUGUUUCAUCCAAACGCAAGGCGGCAAAGUGCGACUGAGGACAAAGUUACUUCAGACGUGCUUCAACCUGGAUCCGAAUCGCCCCUGUUUGAGCCUGAACAGCCAGCGUCGCCAUCUGGCAUUGAUAUGGGAGCUCCUUCGACUGCUGUGCAGGACUUCAACGCACGUAUAGCAUCUAUGCAUGCUCGACGAGCCGAGCGUGAACGUUCCCCCAGAUCGCCAGGUCCAACGCCGUUAGAUGCCGUACAUGACGAGGAGCCAAUACCGGCCCUUCAGCAAACCCCUCGCAAAGCACUAUCUCAGAGCAGCAUACAAAACGCCUUUGAUCGUAUGCGUCCGAUGCGCACACCCCUUCAGCAAGCGACAAUUACUGUUGGAGACACUACGACGACAACCACUAUAGGGAGUGGCAGUCAGUCCCGGUCUGCCAAACGCGCAAAACUCCACACGCCUAAGUUCUCUCUUACUGGGACACGCUUAAGUCAAAACCCGAAGGCGUCGCUGUUUACCAAAGGUCUGCGUGGAUUUGCAGCACCUGGAACACAAAUGGAAGUGGAAGAGGAUGAGGAUGAAGAACAGGAUAGCAGCCUUCCAGUAGCACGAACAACCUCUCGAGAGAUGCGGGCAGCACCGAGAGCGUUUGAGGAGCCCCGGACAGAUGACUUGAUGGAAAUCUCAAGCGCACCUCUUCAUGAUGGACUUCUCGGAGGAAGUCUGCGUCACGACGAUACAGAGAACGCUGUUGCUCAAGAUGCGGAUGACUCCGAUGGCGAGUAUGUCGAUGAAGAAGAGAAGAAGGCCCGCGAAGAUGCAAGAAUUGCGGGCCUCAUCGCCGAGGCAGAAGCGGCGACUGCUCGCCCAACAGAGGUCAAUUUACGGCGAGCAGAGAAGCUCUUUAAGGUGGCUCACAUCAAGCACUCCACGAUUAGUCUGGAACGCGUCGUUGAGACCAGUUCUGCGUCCAUCGCACGGCACCUCCGGAACAUUCAACCCGGUCUUGAUGCGUCAGAGGCUAGACUCAGACCAGGAGCUGCACUACCCACGAGCACGCAGCUGAACAAGGAGGACCCAGAGGAGCGACUGAGUCUCACGGUGACCAAGGCAGAUUUCAACGAGAUGCAAAUCAUCGGCCAAUUCAAUCUUGGUUUCAUCAUCGCAGUCCGGCCGCCUACCUCGACGUCGCCUACGUCUGAUCUCUUCAUCAUCGACCAGCACGCCUCAGACGAGAAGUACAACUUCGAACGUCUCUCCGCCACCACUACGCUCGUCUCCCAGCGGCUUGUACACCCUCAUCCACUAGAGCUUACCGCGGUCGAAGAAGAGAUCAUCCUCGCCAAUGAACACUCACUGACCGCCAACGGGUUCGUUGUUGAAGUGGAUGCAUCCACCGAGGAGCGUCGUGUGAAACUCACCAGCCUGCCAAUGUCGAAGGAGGUCACGUUCACGCCAACCGAUCUCGAAGAGCUGCUUGCUCUGGUCAUGGACAAUCCGCCGUCGUCGUCGACUUCCACAUCGCCUUACAUUCCAAGACCCAGUAAGGUGCGGAAAUUGCUGGCUAGUCGCGCAUGCAGAAGCUCUGUGAUGAUUGGUAAGACACUGCAGAACGCGCAGAUGGAGAAUAUCGUCAGGCAUAUGGGAAGUAUGGAUAAGCCGUGGAGCUGUCCGCACGGGCGACCGACGAUGAGGCACUUGUAUGGCCUGGAAAAGUGGGAGGGCUGGCGUGAGGGCGACGGGGUGGUCGGCGUCGACGUGCGGGGUGAGAGGGCGGAUUGGGCUGGCUUCUUGAACAAGCAUAGAGUCCGAUGAGUGUAUGCGGAGUCUAAGCUGCAUUCUUACGACGACUCGAUAUCUAGACGACAUGUGUAGAGCGCGGAGUUUAAACUACAUUCUUACGACAAUU